CAUGGACUACACUCUGGCAGAGUACAAGUCUCCUGACUACGAGGACCUGGGCUUUGAGCUGCUCAGAGACAGGCUGGUGUCUAUAGGCUAUCCCCAUGAGCUACUGCAUUACACCUACGACCCUACCUUCCCCACACGGUGAGGUCCCUCUCUUCCUGUUGAUCCCACACACAUUUACAUACGGUUUAUUUUUACAUGAUCAGUUUGGUAAUACAUAACAUGACCCUUUACUCAGAAAUGUUAUUUUUCUUACGUUCUACAUGAAAUAGAGCUCCUUAGCAUUGUGUUGACGCAAAGCAUGGUUUGUUAGGAUGGGGCUCUUCAUGGGACUCGACUUAUGAAAUGACCCCUAACCAUUCUUUUUCAAGUCAUUUGUUGCUCUGUGCAUUCUAUUUUCUGUAUCCUUGCACCCAGGGGGACACUAUGCUGGAGAAACAUCUGACAUUUUAUCACUUCAUCAGCAGAUAGAGACCUCCUGCAGGGAUAGUUACCCCAAAGGCCUGCGGCCUGGUGUUUGACACAAUGUAUGGUAACUUGCUGAAGGUGGACUCCAAUGGAAACAUUCUGCUGUGCAGUCAUGGUUUCACCUUUCUAAAAAGGGACAAGAUCCAAGACUACUACCCCAACAACUUCAUUCAGAGAGGCAACACUGACCGCUUCUAUAUCCUCAAUACUCUCUUCAACCUUUCAGAGACUUAUCUGGAUGGCUGCCUUGUGGACCUCUUCACCAGAUGCAGCAGAUACGAAAACUGCCAGAAAGGCUUCAAACAUGGUGACUUGUUCAUGUCCUUCAGAAGCAUGUUCCAGGAUGUUCGAGAUGCAAUGGACUAUGUUCAUGAUACGGGCAGUCUGAAGGAAAGCACUCUGAGGAAUUUGGAUAAAUAUGUUGUCAGAGACCUAAACUUGCCUGUUCUCCUGACUCGUAUUAAGGAGGUGGCCAAAGUGUUCCUGGCGACCAACAGUGAUUACAACUACACGGAGGCUAUCAUGAAAUACUUGCUUGAAACUCCACCAGGUGCCAAGUACCCCAAAAAACCGUGGCGCGCCUUCUUUGACCUUGUCGUCGUGGAUACCAGGAAGCCACUGUUCUUUGCCGAGGGAACUGUGCUGAGACAAGUGGACACGAACACAGGGAAGCUCCGUAUUGGAACAUACACUGGAGACCUCCAGCAUGGAACUGUCUACUCUGGCGGCUCCUCAGACAUUGUAUGUGAACUGCUGGAUGUGAAGGGGAAGGACAUUCUCUAUGUGGGUGACCACAUCUUUGGGGACAUCCUAAAGUCUAAGAAGAGGCAAGGUUGGAAGACCUUCCUGGUGGUGCCUGAGCUGGCCAAAGAGCUGCAGGUGUGGACAGAGAAGAACCAUCUUUUUGAAGAGCUGAAGCAUCUUGAUAUAUUUUUAGCUGAGUUGUACAAGCACCUGGACAGUAGCUGUAGAGAGUGCCCAGACAUCACUGCCAUCCAGACACGGAUGAAGGUGGUGACCUAUAGGAUGGAUCUGUCCUAUGGGCAGAUGGGCAGCCUGCUGCGGAGUGGCUCCAGACAGACUCUGUUUGCCAGCCAACUCAUGCGUUACGCAGACCUGUACUCUUCCACCUGCAUCAACCUGCUCCACUACCCCUUCAGUUACCUGUUCAGAGCCCCACCUGUCCUGAUGCCCCAUGAGUCCUCGGGGGAUCAUCACCCCCUUGACUUCCCUUCACCUGAGUUCUCUGUUCUGGAUCAAAUCCAGAAGAUAGCCGAAGCCAAGAGGGCGAGUGAGGAUAACACAGCGGAACUGAAAGACACGUGAGGAUGUAUUUGACAAAACAAUUAUUCCGUUUUGACAUGACUGUUCCUCCAGAUCAAAAAAAAGUGUUUUUUUUGGACUGGCAAUUUCUCUGGCACAAUAUGACAAAUAUAGCGCCACCUGCUGGAAUACAGUUUUAUAAGUCGUUUUUCAUCAAUCACCCCUGCAUUUUCCCCAUGUGAUCAGAUUGCCAAGGGUUAGGGAAAAGACCAUUUGGGUAGCCACUGAUUCUAGAUUCAUGUAUAUAAGUGAAUAUAAUUGUCUUAAUAAUAUAUGUAUUUUUUAUGUAUCUAUUUAGCUACAGUACUUUUACACGUCCUAUAUGCAAUACUGAUUUUGUUCCCUGUGCAAAUGUAUAUUAACUUCAGUGAGCAUGUAAACUGAAACAUGUUCAGUGACCAUUUAUUAAAUGCUACUCGUUUGUGGUGAAUUAUUAUGCA